UCUAGUCUACAUAACAAAAACUGAUAAAUCCUCCUAAAACCCUUUCCCGUUUUGCUCACUUUGGGAUUUGGGUAUAUUUUGUUCCAGAAGAACUGAAGAAGAAGAAGAAGAAGAAUCCCAUUGAAAAGGAUGGCAAGUGCUUACGCAUUAGUGUAAAUUUGUUUUUACAAGAGCUCAUAGCCAUGUUCAAGGACUCCAAGCAGUGCAUAUGAAUUUUAAAGGCUGGACAAACCAUAGAAUAAAGACUUACUCAAGGAUGGCUUUUAUCAACAAGAUUGGUAAUAUACUCGAGCAAACAUCACGAAAAAUGCCAAAUUUGCAGUCCCCGUUUCCAAAUACGUCAUUUUUCCAGGCUAUUAGAUACUUUUCCCCGCAACUUUUCGUUGGAGGUCUUUCAUAUGCAACAGAUGAGAAUAGCUUGAGAGAAGCUUUUGUGCCUUAUGGUGAUGUUGUUGAAGCUAGGGUUAUAUAUGAUCGUGAGUCGGGCAGAUCAAGAGGCUUUGGCUUUGUCUCCUAUGCAUCUUCUGAAGAGGCAUCUGCUGCCAUCCAGGCUUUAGAUAGAAGGGACCUACAUGGCCGCUUUAUAAAAGUAGCAUAUGCUGCUGACCAGAGGCGUACUGGUCAUGGCCCAAGUUUUUCUGGUGCAGCUGGUUAUAGCGAUAGCUCUAGAGGAAAUGAUGGUUAUGAAGCUGUUGACAGAGGUAAUAUUUACGUAGAAAGCCAUGGAGCCUACAUAGAUAGAAACUACAGCAGCCCUAAUGUUGGCAAUAACCAGGGCUUUGUAGCUGAUGAACAUAGAGUCCCUACUGCUAGCUUUAACGGUGCUUUUGUUGGAGGUAGCUAUGGGGCCACUGCUAGCUUUAACACAAGCAGCUACAGCAAUGAAAAUGCUGAUAGGCAUGGCACAAAUUAUGGCGAGGCUAACACCUUGAACGACAUGACACCAUACGAUAGUGUAAGCCAUGACAGCGAUUAUGGGUACCAUCACAACCUGGAGACCGAUACUAACUUCAAUGAUCAGGAUCAAUCAAUCAAGAGGCAACGAUAAUGAUGAUGGCUGUUAUGUCAAUUAAAGGUUUGGUUAAUCAUUGGAAACAAUUUAGGGUGAGUUAUCAUUUGGAGGAAAUGUGGGUAAUAUGUGGUUGAAAAAUGCUGCCGGAUAAUUUUAAAACUCGAACCCUUCAUGAGGAACUUCUGCUGAUCCUUUGGCAAGAUCGUCGCUUGACGUCUUUUCUGAGUGGUUUUUUGGUGAAAGAUGAUCUUUUUAAAUGACUGACAAUAUGGAGCGAGCCAUGCUUUUCUUUCCUUCAUUGUUGGUUGUUUUUGUUAUUUUUGUUAUGGUUGUUGUGAUUCACAAUUUGGUGCAAAAAUUUUGUUUUGAUUCACAAUUUAGUGUUUAUGACUUUAGAUUUUAGGAAAAGAUAUAAUAGAAAAUUUGUAAUCUUAAAAGAAAAAAUUACUUGACAAGUUAAAUAGUUAUAUAUGUUCUAUUUUGAUCAUCU